AUGAAUGAAUGGCCCUAUGAGCGAUCAUUGUCUGCAAAUCUUUUAUAUUUAACUGGUCUGUAUAUCAAUGAUAUUAAUUAUACUGAAGUCAUCAAAUUUGAAGAAACUCUGAUCUCCGAUUAUCUAAGACAUAUUGGUGAAUUUUGGAAAUAUGUUACCGAAUUAUGUUUAUUAGCUGGUGAAAAUGGAAUUGAAAUAUUAAGUCAAUUCAAUAAUGGAUUAUUUGACAAACCUUUUAUAUACGAUCGUCAACUUCAUAUACCUUGCCCGAAUAUUCCACACCCGAAAAGAAAUAAAACAAUAAUUAAAUAUUGUAAACAAAAAUAUAAAAUGUUACAUGUAAUUUUUAAAAACUAA